AUGGCUAACAACGUACAAGAUUCAGCAAUGAUGAUAUGCUAUCGAGAAUGUUUAUCAAAUUUGGAAAAAUUCAAUGGUGGUGAAGAACAAAAAAUUUUACAAUUUAUUAAUAAUAUUGAAAGAAUCGGCAAAAUGAUCGACGCAAACGAUGAUAUUUUACAUUGUAUGUGUACAGCAAAAUUAGAUGGUGAAGCGAAACGCUGGUAUGAGGAUAACAUGACAUUAACUCAAUGGGAAAAUUUAAAAUCAGCAUUACUUGAAAGAUUUACAACAUCAGAUUCGUCAUCGAAAAUAUUCGAACAAUUAAAAGAACGAAAACAAAAAUCAGAUGAAACAAUUACAUCGUAUUAUGAUGCUGUUAUUAAAUUAUGUCGAGAAUAUGAUUCAUCUAUGUCACAAAAAAUGAUGAUAUCGUGGUUACAAAAUGGAAUCAAAGAUUCAUUGAAGACUCACAUUAAACGGCAGAUGAAAUUAUUACCUGAAUCAGCACGAACAACUCAAGCAUUUUUAAAAAUUGCUAAGGACGAACAAGAAUUACAAGAAGAAGAUUCAUCUGAACAACAAGCGACACAAUCUUAUUUACCAUACAUUACGAAUACCGUAUCAACAACAUUACAACAAGCACGAAACGACUCGCAAAAUGUACCAACGUCAACAUAUUCGCCAUCACAACAUCCAAUAUAUAAACGACAUAAACAUCAUGCUCCAACAUCCAAAUAUUCAGAUUCAUCACAACUCCCACCAAAUGGUCGAAAUUCAACUUUACGACCACCACCUAUUGUACGUAAGCAAGAAUCACCUUAUUUAUCAACUAAUAAUUCGAAACAUUAUCAAGAAGCAAAUGUCAAAUCUUAUUCAUUCCCGCAACACUAUUCACAACGACGACCAUGUGAUAUAUGCCAACGUUUUCUAUUAACUGGAACCCGUGAUGGUGGUCAUUCCAGUAAUAAACAACAAAAUCCAUCAACAAUAAAUUAUACAUUAUCCAAAUUAUUAACUCCUAUAUAUAUAAAUGUUCAGGUAAAUAAUAAACAACACCAAGCCAUUGUCGAUACUGGAUCUGCAGUCACCAUUAUUAAUCAACAAUUAUUAAAAAAGAUUUAUCACAAGGAAUUUAUUUACAAAAAGAAAUUACACAAAUCAGCUAAUUGCUCAUCUAUUAACAUUAUUGGUGAAAUUCAACUUGAAAUUAAAAUACAAGGGUAUAAAACUUUUAUUUUAGCAGAUGUUGCAACGAAUCUUAUUACUGAUCUAUUACUUGGAAACGAUUGGAUUACGACAAAUAAUGUUAUUAUUGAUACACCACAACGAUGCAUUUUUCUUACUGAUCAAAAACGCCAUAUUUUAACAGCAGCACAAUUCGUCAAACCAUCACAUCUUCAAUUACCUGUACUAUUAGCUGAUGAAAUUACCCUUCCACCACACUCCGAAAAAUGCAUUGAUAUUAAAGUAUUAUCAUCAAUGACAAGUAUAUCCGAAGCUUUAUUCGAACCAGCAGCAUAUUUAUAUCCGAAACACAUCUUUCUUACGAAUGCAUUAAUUAAAUUAGAAGACAAUAGAAGUCAAAUUAUGAUUAUGAAUGCAAAUGAUCGUCAAAAGACAUUCUCGAAGAAUACUCCAUUAGGAUAUAUUUCAUAUCAAUCAAAAGUCAAUAAUUAUCUUAUUUUACCUCUACUAUCAGGAAAAAGGACUGAUCGAUCAAUCAUUACAAGAACAAAUCUCUAUAGGAGGAACCACUCCUUUGCGGAUCGUUCCUGGGUUCCAUCAGCAAAUCCAAAGAGGAAAGUCCGAUCUUUGGACUCAACCUGUCGGAUGGACAACAACGAUGAACAACAGCCUCAAUGUUAUGUCUGUCAAGAAAAAUUUUUAUCACGCAAUGAUUUACAACAACACUUACGUCAGAAAUGUUAUCCACCAGAAAUGCGAGAGCAGAUUGAAAAAUUAACUCACCACAUCGAAAACACGAAACAACGACAACAAUUACAACAAAUUUUAUGGAAACAUGGGAAAUUAUUUGAUCUCCGUCAACCGUCCAUCAUUAAAGCUACAGUCCAUCAUGCUAUUGAAACUGGUACUCAUCCACCAAUUUAUACUUCACCAUAUCGUGUUUCAUACAAAGAUGAACGAAUCCAAAGGGAAGAAAUUGACAGAUUACUCAAGCAAGGAAUAGUUGAAGAAUCUAAAUCGCCAUGGUCAUCUCCAAUAGUAUUGGUAAGAAAAAAAGAUGGUUCUGUUCGAUUUUGUAUUGAUUUUAGGAAAUUAAACAAUAUUACGACCAAAGAUGCAUUUCCUAUACCUCGAAUUGAUGAUAUCUUUGAUCAUUUAUCACAAGCUGAAUAUUAUACAACCAUCGACUUUAAAUCAGGUUAUUUUCAAGUUGGUCUGGACCCCAAAGAUCGUCCGAAAACAGCUUUCUCAACCCGAGAUCAGCAUUAUCAAUUUACAGUGUUACCUCAAGGUGUUACAAACGGUCCACCAGCAUUCCAACGCAUCGUUAGUCAAAUACUUGGACCUACAAGAUGGCAAUAUUCAUUAGCUUAUCUGGAUGAUGUUAUAAUAUAUUCACCAACAUUCGAUCAACAUUUAACACAUCUUGAUGAUAUUCUCAACCGUUUAAAUGAUGCAAAUUUUCGUCUUAAUGUUAACAAAUGUCAAAUAGCAAAAACGUCGAUUGAUUAUCUUGGUCAUCACAUUGAACGUAGUACUAUUAGACCGAAUGCAGACAAUAUUCGUGCAUUAUUGGAAACUCCACAGCCAACAACAGCAAGAGAAGCAUUUCGAUUCGUCAAAGCUGCUGAAUAUUACCGCAAAUUUAUACCUGGAUUUUCGACAAUUGCACAACCCUUACAUAAAUAUGCACCUACUACAAAAGAACAACGAUCACAAAAAUCACAAUCUACACCUAUUAUUUUAUCCGAUGAAGAACUUCAUGCAUUUAAUGAAUUGAAACAAAUAUUAACUAAUGAUUUAGUAUUACGUAUUCCCGACCAAAAUUUACCAUUUAAGAUACAAACCGAUGCAUCAAAAAUUGGAAUUGGAGCUGUACUUAUGCAAACUCACCCAAAUGGGGAUCUACCACUAGCUUAUUUAUCAAAGAAAUUUACAACAACCCAAAUGAAUUGGCCUGCAACAGAACAAGAAUGUUAUGCUAUUAUAUAUGCAAUCGAAAAGUGGCAUAAAUAUUUAGAUGGACGUUCAUUCACUAUUGAAACAGAUCAUAAACCAUUAUUACCAUUCAAUUUAAAACAACAAUUAAAUUCGAAAUGUGAACGAUGGCGUUUAAAAUUACAACAAUAUCAAUUUACUAUUCGGUAUAUUAAAGGAAAACAUAAUACGGUAGCUGAUUAUUUAUCCCGUUCACCAGUAGAUAAUGGAACAAAUGAUGAAGACGAUUAUACUCCAACACAAUCUAGAUCAACACAAACUGAUAAUUGUAUGAAGACACAAAUUAUUGCACCUGUCAUGACUCGUAGACAAGCAAGACAACAACCUAAUGAGAGGACUGAUCAUCAUUUAUCAGAUCAGACCUGUGAUGGAAACCGACAAGCGAGGAAUGUCGACAUACCAAUCGACCAUUCCUGUAUUCCAAAAGCCAACCAACUACCGACAUCGAUCUACAACACCGACUGUGAUAAAAUAAUACCAUUUACAUUGGAACAAUUAAAAGAAUUACAACAUCAAGAUGA